AUGCUGAAUAACAGAAGCCCAAUCCCUUCAGCAUCGCAAGAUGCUGUUGAAGACGACGAGGAUAUAUUCCCAAUGCAUACCAUCGGAGAGCAUCAUAGGAUGGCUAUUAGGAAGUUUAGGACGCUCUGGAAGCAGAAUAAUGGAGGAUCUCGUGGAUCGCAGACGUCUAGUCUUUCCAGACCCUCAGACCAUACUCAGGACAGUCUACAACACGAGAAAACGGUGAAAGCGUUUGAGGACUGGCUAGCUGAGGAGUCCAAAAUUGCAGAAUCACUGCCCAAGCUGGGUGUGUACAAUCAGGACUUCCUGAGCUUGUUGAUCAUGAUGGGAAGGAAGGGGUCACAUUCUGUCGCCCUCUUCCAUUGGGUAAUGAAAAAUUACCCAGACAUGUGUCUGAGACUUGGUAACCGGUUUCAAAAACAGUCCUUGCUAGUGGAGGCAAACUCGAGGUCCUGGUCCAAGGGUUACGUGGCAUACUUUCUCCAAGAGUAUCCCGCUCAAACUGCAAGGAUGAUCGAAAAAGAUAACUCUGCACUCCUGAACGUUGUCUCUGCCAUGAUAGACCAGGAUUGUUCCGGGCCUAUAUUCGCCAGGCUCAACCCGGCCGUCCUUGCAACUACAGACAGCCAGAAGAAUACACUUUUGCAUCUCGUGAGCGAGUACGGCGUGGAAAAGUGGAAAUCCUCGGAAGACUUGGAACAGUGGAACGAGAAACGCAUUAGACUGAUCCACAAUCUGCUCACAUACUGCCCAUAUGUCAUUAGCCUUACGAAUACGAAGCACCAGUCUGCUUAUCAGCAUCGGAUUCGGACAUUUGGUGCCGACUUGAACAAGACCGCGGAUGACGAGAGUAUUUCUUCCCUGGAAUUCGAUGAAGAGCCAGUGGAAUUGGUGGACGAUAAAAUUCUCGCCUUGCUGAAAGAAAAGAUAAUGAGUCUCAAUGAGCACGAAGUGAUUAUAUCUCUUCUGUACGGGAAAAUUCAAAAGCGAGAGAUUUAUCUAGACCUCAUUGACCUUGAGAACAAGAAGAAAGCAGUAUCAGAGGCCACUUUCAAAAGCCUACUCCGGGAAACUAACUACGAAAGCAUAUUAAAACAUGUGCGGAUUCCUUCUUUCGAAGUCACUGUCAACUCACAGCAGCAUGGAGAAGCAAUAUGCACUGGACAAAAGCAGCAACUUGUGAAGAAGAUCAACGUGGAAGACAUAUUCAACCUUUUAUGGGAGAAAGGGGUGCGAAAGAUUAUCAGCAUCAGUGUUCAUGAGGACGGAAACAACCCCUAUAGUGAUGAAGUAAUUGAGUCCUUGGAGAAGUUCGAUAUUGAAGAAUGGGACUGGCAACGGAAGGAUUUAUGCAUCAGUGUGAUUCUCAAAGCGGCAGGAAAUGCCCGAAAGGUAUCCCUCUAUUCAACUGGGAACAGAUCGGUCCUCCAAAGCUGGUCAGCACCCGAUGGACUGAUUUCACUUGAAAAGUUAACAGACGUCAAUCUACUCGUACAGCCACGAUUUGAAAGUACGAAACGUACCAGGCUGUAUCUAAAAGAAUUCUCCAACAAAAUACACGAGAAUAGGGUCAACAGUAGACCUCCAAUCAAUGUUGUUACCCGCCUGCUGCCAGGGUUUAACGGCCAGACGCAUAUCCAAGGGAAGGACAAAGCUGAAACGAGCACUUGGCUAGAAAACAUGGAUAAGUUUGUAUCUUUUGUCAGAAACAUACCUGAAUUUAGACGUCCAACGAAGGUAGCAGUGAUCGAUGAUGGAGUCGAUAAACUUCAGGAAGACUUUGAAGACAGUAUCAUUGCGGGAGUGUCCUUCUUCUCAUCUCAGAAGGACAAUUUUACUGUUACUCGACCAUACUACUUCUCCUCCAAUGGCCAUGGCACCUUGAUGGCAAAGACUAUCCGGCGAUUAUGCCCCAAUGUCAACCUCUGCAUCGCUCGGUUGGACCAGGGGGUGAACGGAGAGCCUACUGUUGAGUCUGCAAUCAAGGCUAUUUCUUGGGCUACUGCGAAUGCGGUAGAUGUCAUCUCGAUGAGCUGGACGCUUUCUACGAUUGGAGAUGUUGAGGCCCGAAAGCUAAGGGAUGUGGUUGAAGAGGCUCACGAUAAUGGAAUUCUGACCUUUGCUUCAGUUAGCGAUCAAGGGUUGAAUCAGCCUGAAAUGUCGUUCCCAGGCAAGAUUCCAGGCGUCUUCCGUAUCGGAGCUGCAAGGCGAAGCGGAGUGCCAGAUGACUUUUCACAUGGAUAUGAAUUCCUAUUCCCUGGAGGGAGUAGUACAGCCAAAGCUCUGCAAAAUGGGGCAGGCGAUACCGGUGCCAACUCGGAGAUAACAUUGGGAAGUUCCUUCGCGACUGCGGUAGCAUCAGGUCUUGCAGCAUUAAUUCUGGAUUGUGUAGAGCUUUGCGAUUUAGGCGAUGAAUAUGGCAACGACCUCCACCAAUACCAGAACAUGAAAGAUAUCUUCCGGAUGAUGUCGACAAAUUCUCCGGGAUUGUCCUACAUCGAGGCAGAGAAAUGGUUCCCAGCGAGCUUCGAGAACAUGGAUUGGAUGGAAGAUGAGGACCAAGAGGAAUUUCGCAAGAGAGUCAUGGCGGUUAUCACGCCAUGCAUUGUUAACAGACCCCUAGGUGUUUAG